GGCCGCUCCUGUCUGCUUCGUUGAUUUGCUUCAUGUCCUCUCCACCAAAACAGGACCAAGGAAACUCAUACGCUGGACCGUCUGAUAGGUCCUCCGGCUCCUCUCGAGGGUCCUUUUCUCAAAGAAGGGCAGAGAGAGGUGUUGAUGUACCUGUAUCAUUCACGGACUUGCGACGUCCAAGCACAUCUUCAGUUUCAGACGCAUUCGGUUUUGACAAUUACGCCUUUGGUGGUGUCUCUCCUGUCAUGGGAUCUUCCUUUUCUGCCAUCAAUGAAGAUAGAUCCUAUUUUGCGCCUUCUCCAUAUGAUCAGCGGCCAGAAUACCUACAGCGCUACUCCUCAUUACGCUCUCGGUACGAACGAGAGAGACGUGGUUCUCGCAAAUGGACUCGACAGAGUGACCAAAAACCAAGAGACGGUGUUCACGAAUAUUCAGAUUUGGCAACCCAAAGAGACACUGAAACUGAUGAAAGCGAUAUUGAAAUGCCAGAUGAUGAUUUAACAGGGAUGAGUCCUGACGAUAUCGUUGGACCUAAUACGCGAUUAUCCCAAGGUUAUGGACAAAACUUAUCAAUUCCCCCACAACUGCCUCUGAUAAAACCUGAGGCAUUCUCUUUCUCGUUCGAAGAUACCCUUAAUAACACGAAAGGAAAGAUGGAUAGAGAGAGCACUGCCAGCAUAUCGUCCAACCCACCGCUCUUUCCUACUGCUGAAGACCCUGACAAAGGCAAGUCGUCGUGCUUAAGGCCAAUUCAACGACCUACUGAUAGUAAAGAGGUCAAAUGGAAGGAUCACAUCUUUGUAAGACGACCUAGUACGUUUUCGGAGUCCCCGAUCUCCAACAAUCCGCCGCCAUGGUUCAGAGAUAAAGAUGCGUUAAAUGAGAUCAAACACAUUACAUCUGGAAUGCGCGAACAAAAGUUGGAUGUGCAAGAACAAAGUAGAAGUAAUUCGGUUCAAAGCAAUGUAGAUUCAUUCUUCUCAAUGGCCAAGAAAGUAGCCGCUACCCCACCAAAAGCAACCCCGAAUCCCAUCAAUGUAUCCCGACCAAGAAAGUUCUUGUUGCAAACGGCAGUUUUCCAAGUGAUCAAUUCGAACACAGUCAAGGAUAGAUACUUGUUUUUGUUUAAUGAUCUCUUAUUCAUCGCUAAACCCAUUAUGGACGAAAGCAUCAUGAGCGGCCUCACCUCUUCAAACUCACGAAGCAUGUCGGAGGAUAGCAUGGGCGGUCAUUCAAAGUAUAGCGAUAACCAUCGCUAUCGCUUUCGACCUACCGAGAAUAGCUUAUUCCAAGUCAAGAAUAUCGUAGAACUGAGUAAGGUGACCCUCUAUGUCACGCGUGAUUACGAAGUGGAACCAGUGCUUCUCAAAACCGAUGCAGAUGGACAGAUGGUACUACCCCCACCUCGAAAAAUCCAUCCAAUUUUAGCAUCCGCCCUUCGCAAGUUUGAAUCUGACCCAGACCGUGCUAUCUCAUACCUAAUGGAAAAGAAAAUCUUGACAGAAGACCCUAUCAGCAUUGCCAAUUUCUUGUUCAAAACCGCCGAUCUCAGCCGACGUCAAUUGGGAAGGUAUAUCUCCAAUCCAGACAAUAGCAACGUCUUCCAUGCAUUCCUGGAUUGUUUCCGGCUUCAAGGUAUGCGCUUGGAUGAGGCUCUCCGCACCUUUCUGGUCACUUUCCGACUUCCGAGCAAAUACGAAUCUCUACAUUAUGUCAUAAGCACAUUCGCAAAAAAGUGGCAUGAUACAAAUCAAAACGUUGUCAAAUUCCAUGAGGACAUGAUCGUCAAGGUUAUCCUUGCCAUGUUGCGACUCAAUAGUUCAAUAUGGCAUGACAGAGAUGCCGACCAGGAUGUCUUUUUGUUUGCUUUGGACCGACGAGAACAAAAAAAGGAGAAGAUGGCUAGUGGAUCCGAGCAAACUGAUAACAAGUCUAACCUGCCCCAAGAAAGUAUUCCAACUUCAGCUGAAUUCCUGGAGCGAUGGAGUAUAUACGAUCAAUACAACCUGGUGCCCAAGGAAUUCAUGGUAGAAAUGUACGACUCAAUACGCGAAGAAAAGUUGGAAACUGGCUGGGAUCAUAAAUAUCAACCACAUGCCAACGCCAUGCUGACUAAAGGCGUUCCAUCCUCAAAGGUUACUAUCUAUAUACCUGAGCCCGACCCAGAUCUUCAGAUUAAGCUUCGUGGCCAAGAUCUUGUAUGUCAGCCCAGUAUCCUCGAUUUCUCAACAUCACGAAUGCAAACUUUUACGAUAACAGGGAGUACGCUAGGCCGAACGAGUUUAAUGUUUAUCAAGACUGGUUCUCGAGCUGGGAGAUAUGUCAGCCCUGCAUUACCGCGAACGAAAGCCAUUGUGGUUGAAAGAUCAUUCAUGCGACAUACCUUUCAAAUUGGUUUUUAUCAAACUGAAGUCAAAGAGUCAUUGUUUGAUCCCUCGCGCCGGCAGAGUAGUGCGCAAUCACCGACUCAACAGAGCAAAGGAGCAGGAGAGGAUCAGGACGGAGAUCGAGAAACGAACGUAUCCAGGCGAGAAAUCCAGCGAACUAAACGCAAAUACAUGUUUAGUGUGGAAUCUGAAGAGUCUUUGAGAGAAUGGGUGAACCAACUUCGGAAUCUAUGUGGUCAUGUCAAUCGUGAAGGGCAUCAUCAAAUAUCUUCAAAAGAUACUGCCACCAAGACCCCGGAAGAGCUUGUUUCCCUGCAGGUUCUAAAGGAAGCGCUUUUAGCCGACGAAGCCAAAAGAGGAAUUAUGGGCUUGCGCAGCAUGACAAUUGACAAACGUGCCAGCUUAAUCAGCGCACAUGGCGGGGAUCCCUUAAGUCCACCCAGUGGGUCGGAUGCUGGCAUAGCAGAUGACGAAAGGUCCAAGUUUUUGUCAUCGUCCAACUUACUGUCCGCGGAUAGUGGUAGCAAAUCCAUGAGCGCAGCAGCGGCAGCCAAUGUUGUGGCCAAACGAGGUCACGAAAUUGUCAAACUGGCGGUGCAGAAUUCCUUAAUGCCUACCAUGCUUGGAUUUAUGAAGCAAAGUCUAGGAAGGGCGUAAUUGUACAUACUAUUAUAUUGCUUUUCUUCCUUAUAUAAUUUCAAUUGAUACGAAUAGUAGUAACAUGGACUUACAAAGAACGGCAGAUACAGCAUGACGUGCAGUCUCUGUGGUAAUAAUAAAUUUGGGUUCAAUGGUAAACUUUU